CUCGCGAAGACGAGUUGCGUCUUUUGUAUUUGGUUUACGGUACGACUCGCCGCACGAUUUCCGGCGACAAUAAUAUUUACGGGGUUUAUGUUUUACGUCCUGUGGAGUUGCUUUACGGUACUACAUUCACCACGAUUUGCGGCCCAAGCUGCAGUUGUGUUUACACUCAAUUAGCUAGUUAGCUAGUGCAAAACAGCGCGUACGAUGCGCACGCCGAAGUAGCUCAACCAGGCCCCCCAAGUGUAAACCUCCCCCAGUGGUUGAGGCGAUUGUUUCCGUGGCCCUCUCGCAGUUAUCAUGUCGAGUGGCGCGGCUCUCCACAGCCAGAUCGGCUCCAUCAUUACCGCCCUGUGCAACGCCGCUGCGGCGCAGAUCACCAAAGUGGUGGAGGAUGGAAUGGUGGUACUGCGCCUGGAGGUGACCCAACGGGAACACGAGAUUCGGCGGCUGAGGAGCAGCAUGGAGGUGCUGCACGGCGAGCUGAGAGCCGCCCACCGCACGGCGGACAGCCUGCGGGGAGCUCAACAGCAUCAUCAGCAACACCCCCGAGGCGUCGCUGAAGCUGAGAGCCCAGAAAACCUCCAAAGCGACUUUCCCAACCUUGAUGUGGUGGUAAAGCGCGAACCCACAGAACAGGAGGGAUGCGAUCAACCCGGACCACCGACGGAAAGACCGCGUGAAAAUCUAACCGACGUUCCGGCGGACGUCCGGCAGGCGGGGGCUGCCAGUCGCGGGGCGCACCGCCACUUGUACAGCAACAUGCGGCGCCGGAUGGUCAACCGCCUGAUGUUCAAGCGCGGCUUCACUUGCCCCUUCUGCGGGAAAUGUUUCGAGCAUUCCGGAAACCUGGAGCGGCACAAGAGGAUUCACACGGGGGAAAAGCCGUACCGCUGUGAUGUUUGCGGGCGACGCUUCAACCAGAAGUGCAGCCUCAAGGAGCACACCAAGAUCCACCAGAGAUGUCUUCAGACGGCACCAGCUGACCUCCAACAACCCCCAACAAAGCACCCAAGCACCAACACCCAUCGUCCAGCAGAGGACGACGUUACGUCGGCGGCCGAUCACAUUUCCGCUAACUGUCCGGAUUCCACCCAUACCGCAACGGUCAAAUCAGAGCCCGUGGAGGAGAGUGUGACACAACCUGAAAGAGAAGUGGCGGACAAUCAGAAGUCGCCCACGUUACGUGACGGGGCAAAUGAUUGGUCGCCGCAGAACGGCACGGCGGUCCCGGCGGGAGCUCAUCUUAUCCCGCCUCACGCCGAGGCCUCUUGCAGCACCUUCGCAUUCCCUGAAAAGCCUUACAGAGGAAACAACAAAAACGUAAUGCCAUCUCAGCUGCCGUACCCUUGUGCCACCGCCGGCCCCCGCGGUCUGCCGUGGGAGGUAUGCGGCCGCCCACGAAAAGGCACUGGCUCCUUUUACCAAGGGUCCCGGCCCAAGAAGUGCUUCUUCUGCUCGUACUGCGGUAAGAUGUUUGUGCGUGCCGGCCAUCUGGAGCGACACUUGCGCAUCCACACCGGCGAGAAGCCCUACGGAUGCCACAUCUGCGGACGAUGCUUCAACCAGAAGUCCAGCCUCAAGUGCCAUAUGAAGACACAUAGGAAUGACAAGAAUGAGGAAACGCAGGGGCCGCACCCCAUCAUGUGCCCGAUGCCCGACACUUGCUCGCAGGAACCGGCAACUGAUCCCUCGCUCGGACCGUUAGCUUUGGCCGAUCCGCGUAUCGGUCGCACGUAUGGUGAGGUGGGCCAGAGCGAAGCCUUUUUAGACACCGACGAGUGGCGAGAUUACGCCGCCAACGGCGAGAUGGAUAUGCUGGAUCCGUACUCGCAGGUGGGAAUGGCGGCGUCCGAGGACGGGACCAUCCUCGACUUCGGUCUGCCGUCCUCUGACUCGGCUCAGAACUGUUACAUCUGUUCGUCGUGCGGGCAGAGUUUUGACUCCUUUGUUCUUUUUGAGAGGCACCAGUGCAAAAGCGAAGCGGUGUUCAAGUGCGACGUCUGUGGUCUGGACUUUGACCAGGCCGACAAACUGCAGCUCCACAUGAAACUUCACCAGCGCGCCUUUAUUGUUUUUUUUCCCCCAUGUUGGUGUGCUCUUAGAGUGCAAGGAAACAUGGCUUGCGUCGCUUUUCAAACGCAGCUGUCGUCCAUCAUGGAGGUUUUGGUGAAGGCGGCGGUGGCCGAAAUCAGCAAGCUGGUCGAUGACAAUAGUGCCUUCCUGCACCUGGAAAUCUCGCGGAAGCAGAGCGAGAACGAGAUGUUGAAGAGGAAGCUUCUGGCGGUCGAGAAUAAAAACGCGCAGAUGCAGCGAGUCUUCGAAAAUUUGGCGGACAGAGGACGUGAUGAAGGAAACGCUGCCCAUCCAACGGGAGACAUUAAAUGUUCUGAGGUGGAAGGCACAAACAUUUCCUUCACCAUCAAGGAAGAGAGUCCGGAUGAGGUUCUGUGGAUCGGUGAUCCCGCUAGCUCCAUAACGAGUUCAUCUUUCCAGUACCCAAACGUUUCCGAGAGGUUUGAGGAGGACCUUCAGAAGACUGGUUCAGACUUUGGCGACUCGUUCACGUCGCGUGAGCACAGCACCGAGGUAAGCGGGCUCAACAUGCUGGUCAAGACGGAGAAGGAAGAAUCGGCGUCGGGCGGCUUUAGCCGGGACGAAUGCCAGCUGGGCGCUGCCAAGCAGAACCAACUCGCCGACGUGUCUCUGGAUGAGCGGGACCACCAGCUUUGGUCGUCCAUCAUCAACGGGGACGACAUUGACUCUGCUUUCCCGGACUUUUCUAGCGUGGUGGACGAGUACUCGGAUGCAUUUCCUGAACCGCCUCGUAAAUUGGGAGGUGCGCUGCAGCCGCCCUGUAACGGUGUUUAUGACAGCGAGUACCCCAAGGAGCCGCCGUCAUCCACCUUUCCACCCAGACCUCAGUCGGACCCACGCAAGGAACAGGUCUACCCGCAGAGGCGUCCCCAAGUCGGGGAACAGUCGGACAGGCCGCCGGCGACCGGCUCGCAAGUGUCUUUCGCCCAGCCGGACCCUGCCCACCGCCCCUUCUCGCGGGGCUUUGCCUGCGCGCAGUGUGGCAAGACCUUCUCCCGCUUGCACCAGUUCAAGCUGCACCAGCAGAGCCACAGGCGCAAGCGCGCCUUCUGGUGCGCCGUGUGUGGGAAAGGCUUCCAGUGCUCGUCGCACCUCAGCAUCCACCACCGCACGCACACGGGCGAGAAGCCGUACGGCUGCCUGCAGUGCGGUAAGCGCUUCACGCAGCAGAGCAGCCUGCGCGUGCACCAGCGCACGCACAGCGGCGAGCGGCCGUACAACUGCGCCGAAUGCGGUAAGACCUUCAUCCUCAUGCACCACCUCAAGCGACACUGCGUCAUCCACACGUACAGCUGAUGGACUUCGCUGGCUUAGCUUAGCACGGACGUUGUACAGCUUCUUUUUUUUUUUUUUAAUCUAUGCAAGAAAAAGGAUUGGUGGUCUGCCUGGUUUAAAGACCCAAAUUGGACUGGACUGUGUUCCUACCAAGCGCACAGUUGUGAUGGAUACCAUUAUGACCCACGCAAGUCGCAGCUUUACCCACAGAGGCCAUACAAAUGUGCCGAGUGGGA